CGUGGCUUAUUCAAUAUUAAUGAGUUCAGAUGAGAGCAAUCAAUAACGGCAAAUUACCGGUCUAGUGUCUACAUCCAACCAAUAAUUUUUAAAAGUGUUUGAUGUACGCUAUUUAGGGAGUAUGACGAGUUUAUAUUGCGCAUAAACACCGCUAGACACUGGUAAGCUGUUGUAGGAAUUUAUACGUUCAUUUUCUGCAAAACAAUCAGGAAGAUUGUGAAUAGGUAACACUUUGAAAACUUUUUCCAAGACGUCUUGCCCUUUCCAAACACAGUGUCGAUGUCGGUGUUGGUUGGCAAGUAUUAACGCCUUCCUUCAAAGAUUAAUUUUUCACGACAGCUCAGUCCAGUGACGCAUAUCUCAUCAUGGGCCUACAGAUACUUCUUAAAACAUCUUUGUUAUCGACAUUGCUUGUACUGCUCACAACGCAACAGAAGGUGAAAUACACACGUGGUAUAGGAACCAAAGACGCCAUUUUACCGUUGUCUGCUUUUAAGAAGGUGACAGCCGAGAGCGCUAUAAGCUGUACAUUGCAAUGUUCUCAAACAAAAGGAUGCCGUUCCUGGAACUACUAUAAAACUAGGAACAGAGACAAUUGUGAACUAAAUUCCCGGAAAGCUCUCAGCACUGACAUAUUGUUACGUCAUGACGGUGGGAUGUAUUAUCAAGACGCCAAGGAAGAAAUGGAUUGCAAUGAUCUGGGUGGUGGCUGGUGGUUUCUUACAUGCACUGGAUUUCACCUAACUGGAAAUUAUUCUGGUUGCAACAGUGCUGGUGGCACAUCUGAUAUGGCAAAGAAAAUGAAAUGCGUGGCCAUUACAGGUAUUAACUGUGACUUUGGGUGCCUACUGCGAGCCGCUACGAUGAAAUUACGGCGUAAUAACUAGUUAUUAACAUGGAUAGGCCUAAUGCUUGGAUAAAAACAUUUCUUUCGUAGAUGGAAGUCAAGAAGCGCCAUUUUGUAGAAGAGCGCAACACGUGUGUAGUGUUAAACUUAACAGCACUUUUAUUUACCACAAUGAUCGUGAUACAUUGCGCACUUAUAUCAUAGACAUGGACAGUACAAACGUAAAUAUCCUGUCUACGCAGCACACGUAUACUGCGUUCGGCAACCGUGUUAAGGCAGUCAGUGGCGAUGCCAAAUAGUACAGACUUAUAUUACGGCCUCGUAGCCUUUACAAUUUUGUCAAGCUAAAACGUUUGGCAAAGUAUGAAAACCACAAGGCUGUUGGUUGUAGUAUCAUUCAUGAUUGUACGGUUCUGCAGCAUUUGGCAUUGCACAGUUCCCGCGGAUUGCGGUGGAUUGCGGUCUUUGUUAAAGCCUCGGUCACAACCGGACGCACGAAUUUCAGGAUCGUGCGUCCAAGCGAUUUUUGGGUGUUACGGAAGCCGUGGAGGUCGCAGAGGUAGAGAAAAAUCUGCCUUGCGAGUCGCAGGGCCACAUGA